UUUGACACUCUCCUAAUUGUUCUUAACCGUUUUUAAAAAUUUCAAAAAAAUUGAUAAAUAGCUUUUAUAAAUAAGUUUUUAAGGAGAGAAAAACUUCUAAAAAUGUGCAAAUGUAGAAAAUAUAUAACUUAAAAGGAUUCUAAUUAAUUUUGUGUUAGAAUCAUUUACAUAGUGCUUUAUUAAGGUUUCUUAGAUAUUAUUUUAUUGAGCGAUUUAUUAUUAAUUACUAUAGGUGAAGAAUUGAAGCGUAUUAUUAACAGUAUCUCUUUAGACUAUUCUAUUUCUUUCAGAAAAAAAUGGGAAAACCCAAUAUUAGUCGUACAUAUGAAAAAAAGUCUGCUACUGCUGUUGUUAACAGCCUCUUUGCAAGAAACAUUACUAAGAGGAAAACGGAAAAAAUUAAACAAAAGAAAGUGAAAAGAACUGUUCAAAAAAUUUGUAUUAGUGAUUUACCACCUGUAGAUCAUAACCAUCAUUUAUUGAAUGACUCUUUUAAAAAUGAUUCUCCUAUAACUGACUUGUUUGAUCAAAUAAAACGAACAGAGGUCUAUAACCCUGUAAAUUUAAAACCUACAGUACAUUAUUUUAGUUCAGACAGUGAAGUGUCAAAAAAUUAUAAGACUGAUAGUAUACCACUUAUUAGCAUAAUCAAUCCAACCCCUGUUAAGAGGGAAAAAAGACCCAGAAAAAUUACAACCAAAAGGAAGAAUAAGGAGUUCAUAAAACAUUCAAAACAUUGUGUACACAAUAGAAACAGUAGUACAAAAGAACAGAAGACAUUAGACAAAUCUGUGAAUGUAGAAUUAUCAAUUGAAAAUGAACUGCAGAAAAAUAUAGAGUAUAAUACUUUGAAUAUUACAUGUAGCAAAUUAUCUGCAGACAAUGAUGUAUUGGGACCUUUUAUAGAAUUAGCUAGGCCACAAAAAGAGCAAUUUGUAGAUGAUACAAUUUAUGUCACAAGUACACCUCUAGAAACUUAUCGAAGAAAAAUUGAUUACAGUUGUUUGUCUCCAAUUCUUGCAAAAAGCAAAAGAUUUACAUCACAAUCAGUUGGUUUGUCUUCAAUUGACUGUUUAGUGGAAAAGUCACUAGAUGAAAUCAGAAAGUGGGAUUAUGUUGUCCCUGAUUUUAGUUAUUCUGUCCCAAAAAACAAUUCAACAACAAAAGGAAUGAUGUUUGGUAAUUCUCGUAAAUCAUUUAUUAGUGCAAAUAAUUCCUUAAAGAGUGUAUUAGAAGUACCAAGAAGAAGGAAGACCAUAGACUAUUCUUCAUUAAAUAGUACUUCAUUACUUAAACCAGUAACAAAAAAAAAUAGACGUACCUCUUGCAUCGGUUUUAAUGCUAAUGGAGACCGUUUAUCUAAUUGUUGCAAAGAGAAACCUAUACGUUUAAAAGAAUGCUGUGUAAAAUUGAAAUAUUGUGUGGAAUUGGAAAAAAGAAUAGAUUGGAAAUUAAACUGCAGUCCAUUUGUUAAAUUAGAUUACUUAAUUGAUAUUUUAGGAAUAAAUACAAGUAUAAGCUGGAGCAAUUUAAAGGAUAGCACCAAUGAAAAUAGUACAAAUAGCUCUAUUAACUUAAGAAUAAAUAAAAGGAAUGUCAAAAUAAAAAAUAAGCGAAAGAAGUAUAGGAAAGGAAGGCUUCCUUUAAAGGUUCUCAAAAAUAUUAAAAAAAAGAAAAAAACUAGCAAGAAAAAUAUUUUCAAGUCUUCAUUUCGUUAUGAAGAGGAUAAACCGUACCAUUUGCCACAAAACAAAGAUGUCAUUUCUAAUAAUUUAGGUUUGUUAAAGAGGUCGUUAACAAAGAAAUAUAAUAAAUUACUAGAUAAGUUGCCUUCAAAUAUUCAUAAAAAGUUUAUCAAACAGCCACAUGUUGCGUUAAUGCGAAAUCGUGAAUUAGAAUACUGUUUAGUAAACAGAAAAACUAGAAACAGCAGCAGAAGACCCACUUUAUUUUUAUCAAAAGACGCUAGUACGAAAAGGAGCAAAAAUAAAAACAUUUAUUCCGAUAUCUGCUCAUUAGAUAAAGAAAUUAGCGUAAUCGUGGAUGACAUUGUAAAUACGUCGCAAAACUGCCCCACUAAUUUUAUCACAUUGAGAAGAAAAUUAAAAGGAAAUAAUGAUAUUAUUGGAGACCUAGUAAAAACACCCCUUAGCACUUCAAGACAGACUAAGUGCAAUGAGAAAAUGUAUAACUCAAAUGGUUUAUUAAACAAACGCAUUACUGGUAUUGACUUACGAAGAUCUGUAUCUUUGAAAACUUUUGACGUUGAUAAUUGUUCUGAUAACGAGACAGAUCAAUCACAUUAUCCAGUAAACAUUGUUAAAUCCGACUGUACGUCUAAACCUAAAGAGCCAUUACAUAUAAGCAAAAAGCUAAAUAACGAUAUCGCAAAACUUCUUCAAUCUCCACUUAGCGAUUAUGUUAAAAGCAAAUGUUUAAAUAAUCUCAAUGCCUCUGUAAAAUACAAUUCUUCCUCGGAUCUGUUUGAUAGCAAAUCAGAUUUGGAUUUGUCAGAGUGCACAUCACCAGAUAGUGCCACAGAAAAAUACUUGCUUAACAACAGCUCCUUGAAUGUUCAUAUUACCCAAGACAAAAUGGUUAAAAAAUGUUUCAAGUCUCAAAAUUCUACAAUUUCCCAAACAGAAUACGUGGAUCUUCCUAGCACCUGUUCAACUGUUAAAGAUUUAGUAGAUAUGUCCACACAGACGGAUGAUCUUUUUUGUAUCAGCGAUUGUGUGUACGUCCCCUUUGUAAAACCUAGAAGUAUUGAAAAAACUCAAAACUCUUCAGCAAUUGUUGAGAAUAUGGAGGACGUUGAUUUUGUAAUAGAAAUUUCUCAUAAUUCUGCCAGUAAUGAAUUAAAAAAUAUAGAAAAUACAAUUGCAUUAAAGCAACUUAAUAGGGACGACCCCCUUUUUGUAGAAAACUGCAUAGAAAAACUAAGAGAAUAUGUAGUAAAUCCCAUAUCCAACAGUUCCCUUAUUACUCAAAAGGGCAAUGUAACUCAUAGGAGCAAAGAGAAGAAAAUCGUGGAGAAUGUAAUUGAUUUAAAUAAUUCUUGUAGUGGUAACGUAAACGACGAUUUAAAUCGUAUAGAAAAUAUUAUUGCAACUAAAGACGUUAGCAAGUGUGACUCCCUUCGUGCUGAAAAUUGCGUAGAAGAACCCAAAGAAUUUGUAGUAGAUCCCGCUUCUAACAGCUCCUUUAUUACCCAGCAGGGUAAAAUAACUCAUAGAAGCAAAGAGAAGAAGAUCGUGGAGAAAGUCAUUGAUUUAAAUAAUUCAUGUAGUGAUAAUGAGAACAACGAUUUCAGUUGUACAGAAAAUAUAACUGCAUCGAAAGAAGUUAACAAGGAUGACUUCUUUCAUGUAGAAAAUUGCAUAGAAGAACCCAAAAAGUCUAUAGUAGAACCCGUACGCAACAACACUCAACAGGACAAGAUAUGUCGCAGAAGCAAAGAAAAACGAACCAUGGAAAAUGUCAUAGAUUUAAAUAAUUCUUGUAAUAUUAAUGAAAACGACGAUUUCGUAAUGCCGAUACAAAGUUUAAAACCACAAACGUUUACUGUGAAGACUGGAAAAUCGUACAAAAGGUCUCUGUCGUGUUUAAGAAGAAGUUCCUCUCAGCUCCUAGGCAGCACUGUUGCCUUAAGAGAUGGAGGAAGCAGCUGUUCUCUUAUCUCCAAUAUCAGUGAUAGCAGGAGAAGACUAAGUAAAGUGUCAUUGUCACAAGGAUUUAAGGGUUUUCCAAAAUCGGGGGAUACCCUUCUACAGACUUUUGCAGUUGCUUUUACAGGUAAAAUAAAUACAUGUGGUUUAUUUUGUUGUAGAGGAAUUUAAAUGAAUUUUUCUGAAAAUGAUAUUAAAUACUAAUAUGAGUUAUUACUAGGGAAUUUGGAAUAAUUAAUUAAUUUUACAAUAACAUCUUAUAGUUAGUAUUUUGGCUUAUCUGGCUUAUAAUAGAUUAAGGUGUCAUUAAAUUCUCCGAGAAAUACCUAAUUUCUAUUAUGAUUAAGUGCUUUCACAAAAUUACCCAAGGAGUGUAUACAAGAGGGAGGUUUAAAUAGGGAUCAUAAUUCUUCCUAAGAAUUAGUUGUAGAUGUUAUGAGGAAAUUUGAAAUUAAGAUGGUCAGACAAAAAUUGAACGAGUUCAAAUUUUAUUUGCGUAAAAAAUAAUUGCACCAUUUGAUGUAAGAAAAUCAAUAAUAACAUCUCGAAAACAAUUGUUACGGCCAUGUCUGUACGCACUUAGGAAUAGUCUUACUUAUUAUAUGUAUAAUAGCGGUUUAUAGUAUUUCAGAGAAAGCAUGAAAUAUGCAAUAAAAAGUUAAUAAGCAUGCGAGCAAACAUUUAAACUUAUUCGCGGAAUAUUCGCGUAAAGAGAACAAUUUAUCUAUCGUAUUUACGAUUAGUAAUAAUCUAAUAAUAAUGCAUUUGUAUGACGUUUACGGUUUACCAUUUAUUAAAGUAACACGUGGAUACGAAAGUAGGUCAUCUGACAUUAACAAAAAUUGUUGUUUGCUUGUAAUUUAUUACUAAUCGUAAGAAUCGACAUAUGAUUAUUGGGCUAUUGAUCACGCUAGACAGAAUUGUUAUUUUUUCUAAAGGUUGAAGGUCAUGACAGUCACCUUGUUUCUCAGUCCUUGGCAAAUGCGCGAGACUAUGGUACAGUGUGUUGCAAAAUAAAAUUAAUUCCUUUGUAAAUUUUGUGAUAAAAUUAACCUUUUUGAUGCAGUUUUAAUGGGAUACACGAUACAGUAUUAUUACAAAAUCUAGCGUAAUAAAAUGAAUAAUUAAUUACAGUUACUAAUAACAGUCGAAAAAUUAUACCUAUAAACAUUUUGGUGUUUAUUACGGUUUAAUCCAUAUGUUUGUUUAUUAAUUAUUAUCUGUAAAUAUACAAACAACAUGUUCAUUUUUGUUUUACAAUACACAUACAAUUCGAUUCAAUAUAAAUAGAUUGCUUGUGGCAGCAUUAAAAUAAUAAUGUAGGUACAUGACGAUAACUAAAUAGGCCAAAUAUAGCAAAGAUUAGCUGAUAAAUAAUGAGCACAUUUAAAAGUUAAAUAUUUAUUAGGUGCUUAACCAAUUAAUUAGUGGGAGAACCGUGUCUUACUGCCAAAUAUUUAGAUACCGAAAUAAUUAUUUAUAUUAUUAUACCUUUUAUUACAUGUGCAAACAUAUAUUAUAAAAAUACUUCUUUAAAAAUACAUGCCUAUAUAGGUAAUAGUAAAUAAUAAGUACU